AUGCAUACCGAAUUCUACCGCUGUUUGGCUUUUAAAGCUCACGAAUUUUGGCCUAGUUUUUGGACUUCACCAGACGCAAAUCACGCCUGCAGGGCCCGACUGGUCAAGUCGUUUAUGCCACCACCUGCGCCCUUGCGACUCAAUUUGGAUCAGCGUCUCCGCUGCCUGCUCUGGUCGCGCCUUCUUCCAGCGCCGCCUCAGACCCUGCCACGCUUGCAGCCCCUACCACGAUUAGGCUGUCUCCACUCGUGGCGCCAUGCGUGGGCCUUUAACACAUCCCUGGUCAAAAUCACGGCAAAAUGGGCGGAUGCCACCAGUUGA